GCGGACAGGGAACCCCAAAAUGGCGGCUGACGGGAGAUGGGGUGGGCUCUGAGCGUCCGUGGUGGAAGCCAUGGCAGGCGCCUUGGGCCUUGUUGGCGGUCGGGCUUGGCGAGUGCUUGGCUCCAUUUCAGGUGUGAGCAUCCGUUUCCUGAAGAACCGAGCCCAGCAGGUUAGAGCUCUCCCUGUUUGCUUCUAUGGAAGUUCUGCCCUGGAUCAUAUCCUUGGGAUUUCUCAAGAGGAAGCAAAAUGCUUGGUGGGCCAGCAUCCUCCUCCAGUGAAGGCCUUUCAAGCUGAGCAAGAACAUUUGCUGGGGUACCAGCCAGAUCAGCCGGAGAAUCCCAAAGUCUUGAGAGUUGCCAUUAUUGGAGCGCCGAAUGCAGGGAAAUCAACCCUCUCCAAUCAGCUCUUGGGCCGGAAGGUCUUGCCAGUGUCAAAGAAAGUGCACACAACAAGGCGUAGCGCCGAGGGUGUCCUUACAAAGGAGGAUACUCAGCUGAUUCUCUUGGAUACUCCCGGACUCACGGAUUCAGCCAAAGCCAAAAGGCACAAUUUGGAGAAGACUCUCAUGGCGGACCCGUGGAAGAGCAUGAAAAGCGCAGACAUGGUGGUGGUGCUGGUGGACGUGUCAGAUCGCUACUACCGGAAUCAGCUCCACCCCGUGGUGCACAAGUGCCUCACCCAGUUCUCGCAGGUUCCCAGCAUUCUUGUCUUGAACAAGGUGGAUCUGCUGAAGAACAAACCUCUUCUUCUGGACAUGGUAACGGCACUCACCCAAGGAGUUGUCGGCGGGCGGAAGACCAAAGUCACAUCUUUGUCGAAGUUAUCCUCCGCUAAUUCCGCGAGAAGCAACUCCCACAGGAGCACCUCGGCUUCCGUGACCUCUGAGGUUCGGACUGCAAAGUCUGAGGAACCAAUGGCACUGGGGGGAACCCGGGGGGGCUCCGAUUCCGACCCCGGAGCCAACAGCAUUACGGAAGAGGUGGGAACCGCAGGAGGAAGCUCGGAGAAACAAAAUAUAUCCGAGAAAGGAUGGCCCCACUUUCAAGAUGUCUUCAUGGUAGCUGCCAUUAACAGAGAAGAGGUGGAAACACUGAAGGCCUACCUUCUGAUGCAAGCGAAGCCAGGCCCCUGGGAAUUUCACAGCGAGGUCCUUACCAGCCAGUCUCCUCAGGAGAUCUGUGACAACAUCAUCCGCUCGAAACUCCUUGAAUAUUUGCCUGACGAAGUGCCUUACACUGUGCACCAGCAGACAGAAGUGUGGGAGGAGGGACCUGGCGGGGAGCUGGUCAUCAUGCAGAAUCUGGUGGUCCGGAAGGAGACCCAUUUGAAGAUACUGAUUGGCCCACGUGGGCAGCAGAUCAACACGAUUGUCCAGGAAGCCGGUCAGGACCUGAUGAAUGCUUUCCUGUGUGAUGUCCACCUGAAGCUCCUUGUGAAGCUGAAGAAAUGAGGCUGCAUGUCUUCCUCCAGGAAUUGGACAUGCAAUUCUUCAUCCUCCCCUGGCGCUGGCCUCACUUCUCCCCAUGCCAGGAGCUGGUGUGAAGGAACCUUGGAAUAUUCUCUGGGUUGCUUUUCUGUUCCUCCAAAGAUUGUAGCAGGAAGCUGGUCUUCCCGCCCGAAGGCUGACAUGGAGAGGGGCUCUCAGGCUACUGCCAGGCCCAGAAUUUCAGUGGUCCCUGGAAGGAUGAUGCAGUGCUGUACUUUGCUGCUUAAAAGAGGAGGGAAAAGUGAUGUGUGUUGUUGUGUUUCCCCUUCGGUCGUCCUGGAGCGUCAUAUGAUUGUGACUAAUGCAGCGAGGUCACUCUGUCCUCUUAAGCCUGGACAACGCAACUUGAUGUACAAGCAGGUUCUCCUCUAUGGAAGAGAGGGCUGCGAUUUCUGUUCUCUCCUUGACUCAUUCCCUGUUCUGAAUAUGCCCUGAAGGGCCUCUGUUUCUCAGCGUCUGCUAUGCAGAGCUACAGGCAGAGGAAGCGGACAUGAGAGAGUGCUGGCAAACGGAGACCACAGAAACACAGGCUCCCGUUUUCCUCGAGGGUAUCCUUCAUUUACUUUUUCUCUAAGGCAUCAAAGAAGAGAACCCACUUCUAAGGGCGGGGGGGGGGGGGGGCGCAAAAGGCUUCCACCAGGGCACGCGAGAGCGUAUCCCUGCUUGUUUGGCACUGGAGGAAUAUUUUAAGCCAUUUCACUCUGGGGAGGUUGUGAGAAGGGCAUGUCUGAGGAAGAGGUUCUCUCCCCAGGAGCCACACUCAAGUGCCACACAGAAGUGUUGGCCUGACCUGUUCCCAUCCCUCUGUAGCUGUUGUCUUCUGCGCACAAAACGAGGCUGCCGUUCAGGUAGUCCCUUCCCUGCUGGAUCUUGGCACCAUGUUCUGGCUCACUGUUUUCAUGCCUGCCUCUCUUGCUUUCAGGGCGGCUGAGUUCAUCUCUGUUCCCUUCUUAUUUUCUUCAUUUAUACUCUGCCUUUUCUCCCAGAGGAACCCAAAGCAGCUGGCGUCAUUCUCCUGUCCUCCAUUUUAUCCUCACAAGAACCCCGUGGAGUAAGUUGUGACUAAGAGUGUCACUGGCCUAGAGUCACCUUGUGUCGUUCCAGAGCAGAGUGGGAGGUCUCUCUGACCCUCAAGCUACGCUGGUUGUCCAAGAGACGGAACAAACUAAUCAGAAGGGAGCUGAAAGAGAGAAUGGAGUCCAGUCACUCAAGGGUACCUGGAAACUAUUUUAUUGAGGCCAAAUAAGAUACUUCUUCAGCUCUGACCUGUUCUCAGUUUUGCUAAGAAGAAAACUGUGGACUAAAAUCUGCAUUUUGGAGAUGUUCCAUGGAGUACUCAGGCUGGAAUUUGAAGGGUGGGAAGCCUAUACGCCCUUACGAAUGGUUUGCCUGUUGGACCCAGAAGUCUAGCAAGACAGGAAAUGGGCACUUCCGGGCAAGCCGGUCCUUCUGCCACUGUUGUCCAGUUGCUUAAGCCAACCAAGACCUGUGUUAGAGGGUGUCUCACCAGCACAGUGAAGGAAAGCUCCAUUAUGAGCCUGUCCUAUAGAGGGCUGCUGGGCUGGGCCCUUAGUUUGACAGGUAGCAUGAUGAAGGCUCCAGAUUCAAGUGUCAUCGGAGACCUCUGUAUGCUGCUAAUCUAAGUUGAGAAGGAGAAUGCUUACAUGCUAUAGAAUGACAGGUGUCAAACUCAUGGCCCUCCGGAUGUUAUGGACUACAGUUCCCAUGCUGGCAGGGGAUGAUGGGAACUGUAGUCCAUAACAUCUGGAGGGCCGCGAGUUUGACACCUGUGCAGAGUGACAGGUGGCGCAGAAGCAAUUUCCACUUCUUUGUUAAAGCCCAGCUUUGCCUGCUGCUUAGGAAGCCUGUCUGGCCUACUUUUCCCUUGUCAGAUCUUUCCAGGGAGCUUCUCUUAAGCAGCCAGCGGUUAAAGUCUGAGAUCUGUGAAACUCGUACUUGAAUCUCCACUCUGUCGUAGAAACUUGCUUGGUGAUCCUGAGCCAGUCGCACAUGACUCGGCCUAACCUACCUCACAGGGAUGUUGUGAGGCCGAAACAAGGGAAGAGAACUGUGUGAGUCACUUUGGGUCCCCUCUGGGGAGAAAGGCCGGAUGUGAACUAAGUAAAUCAACUAUUUCUGACCUUAAGAAGGAGCUAGCACAGGGAGGGAGGGAAGGAAGUAGUGCCUAAUGUUUCCACCCGUCAUGCUGCAGCUGGAAGGAAUGUAUGCAGUGGGCAUACUUUGCAGUGAUCACUAUGGUUCCAGUUCAUCUUUGCUGUCUGUUGGCCCUUCUGCACAGACAUCUGUCUGUUCAGAGGAUGGUUUGUUUAGGCAUAUUGGAGCGGGCAAGCAAUUGUACUUGCCCCAUUUGGUCGGCACAGUCAUCCUUGCAAGUUUGUAUUGAGGAGACACAAAAUCCUUCACUUACAGGAGGUGUUAACUCUAAAUGGCAGUGACUGAGUGUUUCUUGUGACAUCACAGGAGCAGUUCAACCAGAAUAAAACUGAUUUUUUACAGGAUUGAGCAAACUGUUAAUUAAAUCAAUUUGCACUGCA